AUGGAGGACAAGAAGCUCCUUACCCCGCCUCACGGCUCUCCCGCCGCCGCCUGCGACGAGUUAACCACUUCUUCUGCCCUUCCGUCUCCAUCCCUCCGUCGUCUCCUUAUUUCUGUGAACAGGCUGAAGGUGACCAACGUCUGCUACACGGUCGACAGAUGCGCCGCCAACGGGGGGGCCCUUGCGCGAUUCCGCCGCCCGGGGCAGAUGCCCAAGGCGGCGAACAUACUGAAGUCGGUGUCCUUCACAGCCAGGGGAUCGGAGAUCCUCGCUGUGGCGGGUCCCAGCGGCGCAGGCAAGUCGACCCUCCUCCGCUUCGUCUCCGGCCGGUUGAGAAACUCAGGAUCCGACCCAGGUAGCGUUUCCUUCAACGACCGGGUGAUGAGCCCAACGCAGCUUCGAAAGUUGUGUGGGUACGUCACCCAGGAUGAUAACCUUCUCCCCCUCCUCACCGUGGAGGAGACUCUCUUGUUCACCUCAAAGUUCCUACUUCGCGGUUGUAACGGCGAGGGGAGGAGGGAGAGAGUGGACAGCCUGAUGGAGGAGUUGGGGUUGACGAGCGUGGCGAAGAGCUACGUCGGCGGCGACGAGGUGAGGGGGAUCUCCGGCGGCGAACGCAAGAGGGUGUCCAUUGCCGUCGACAUGAUCCACAAUCCCCCUGUGCUUCUCCUCGACGAGCCCACGUCAGGGCUCGACAGCAAAUCGGCCCUUCAGGUUCGUAAUGCUGAGAACAAACAAUGCUGGCGUGUCUAGAUACAUAGUUUUGUGUAAAUAUUCAUAUACCGUUUAUUAAGCGCAGGUGAUCGACCUACUCGCUUCCAUGGCGAAGACGAGAGGCCAGAUUCUAAUACUCACCAUCCACCAACCGAGCUACAGGAUCCUCCACUACAUCUCGACCUUCUUAUUUCUCUCUCAAGGAUCUGUGGCCCAUCUCGGUAACCUUAGCUCCCUCGAGGAAGCCAUCGCCAGGCAGGGGUAUAAGAUCCCGGUGCAAGUGAACCCCGUCGAGUUCGCCAUGGAGAUAUUGCCGAGGCUGGAGGAAUGCUACGCAGAGCCCUGGUCCAGGAGGGUGGCCGCCGGUGAUCCGCCAGAGAGGAGCGACGGUGGCGGCUACUGCGGCUGGUGGGAGGAGAUGAGCUUCCUCUGCUGGAGGUUCUGGAAGGUUAUGUACCGCACGAAACAGCUGUUCUUGGCGAGGACGCUGCAGGCGGUGGUGGGUGGCAUAGGCCUCGGCAGCGUUUUCUUCGGUGUGAGCGCCGACGCCGCAGGCGUCGCUCAGCGACUCGGUCUGUUCGCCUUCACCCUCAGCUUCCUCCUUUCCUCUACUGUUGAGGGUCUUCCAAUAUUCCUCCAGGAGAGGCGGGUUCUGAUGAGGGAGGCCUCGAGGGGAAUGUACAGGCUCUCUUCCUACAUGACCGCCAACGCCCUAGUUUUCCUACCCUUCCUUCUCGUAGUCUCCCUGCUUUUCUCUGCUCCUGUUUACUGGCUAGUGGGGCUCAACCCCUCUUCUGGGGCCUUCUUCUUCUUCACCUUCAUGGUUUGGCUUAUCAUGCUCACGGCCAGCUCUGUGGUGCUCUUCCUUGGGGCUGUCUCGCCGGACUUCAUACUGGGGAAUUCUCUGUUGUGCGUCUUCCUCGCGAUCUUCUUCCUCUUCUCCGGCUACUUCAUCCCCAAGGACAGCAUACCCUGGUACUGGAUGUACAUGUACUACAUCUCCAUUUACCGGUACCCCUUGGACGCCAUGUUGGUCAACGAAUACUGGGACGCAAGGAGCAAGUGCUUCUCCUGGGAGGACGGCGGCGAAGAAAACUCUCGCAAGUGCUUUCUCACCGGCGGCGACGUCCUGAGGAUGAGGGGACUGGAGAGGGACACCAGGUGGAUGAAUGUCUGUAUCAUGCUGGGGUUCUUCCUAUUUUACAGGAUACUCGCCUGGGCGAUACUUCUCAGGAGAGCAUCCAAAACCAUGCUAUGA